AUGCCAUCUUUGGUGAAGAUUUCUAAAGUUGCCGUGAUUGGGGCUGGUCAAAUGGGGGCAGGUAUUGCCCAAGUGGUGGCUCAAAAGGCACAGCUUCCCGUUUAUCUAUUUGACUCCGAACCUGGAGCUUUAAAGCUGGCAAUUGCAUCAAUUGAAUCAAGAUUAAUUAUGGACGUCGAGAAAGGGAAAACAUCUACACACGAAUAUAGGCUUGCAAGAUCUAGAAUUCAACAUAUCGAUAAAUUGGAGCAGGCUUCAGAUGCAGACAUAAUAAUCGAAGCUAUAAAUGAAGAUUUGGCGAUAAAGACCAAGCUUUUCAAGCAGCUCAACUCGAUCGUGAAUAAAGAGGCAAUUUUGGCGUCAAACACUUCCUCUAUUAGUAUCACUAAAUUGGCAUCGGUAGUUGAAAAUCCAGAACGAGUGAUCGGAAUGCACUUUAUGAAACCAGUCCCUGUUAUGCCGUUGGUUGAGCUUGUUCGUGGAUUUUCAACAAGUGAUUCCACUGUUCAGAAGAUUGUUUCGUUUUCAAAACUGCUGGGAAAAGCGAUCGGAUUUGCAAAAGAUACUCCUGGCUUUCUGGUAAACAGGCUAUACAUGCCUUACAUCAACGAGGCAGUAUAUGCCCUUUCAGAAGGGAUAGCGACAAGAGAUGAUAUUGAUUUAAUGAUGAAGAGCGGGUGUAAUCUGCCAAUGGGUCCAUUGGAGGUAGCAGACUUUAUUGGCCUGGACACUUGUCUUUCCAUUAUGCAAGUGCUACAUUCGCAACUUGGAGAUCCUAAAUAUCGUCCAUGCCCACUUUUAGCGCAGUAUGUAGAUGCGGGGCACCUGGGAAGAAAGGUUGGAAAGGGCUUUUACUUGUACAAAAAUUGA